AUGUCGGGCUCUUCCUCGCAAGCUCCGAUCAAGACCAUCGCCGUCACCGCUGCUGUCGCUACUGCUGCUACGACCGCCGCGAUCCUGACCUACCAGUCUCUCCGGAGGGAUGUCCGGAAGGAACGCCUCAAGAAGGCGGUCGGAUCAGAAGUCGAGGCGUGGGAGAAGGAGCACUCCGACGAGCUUUCGAGUGGUGACAUGACGCCCAACGACAACUGGGCUGACGAGUUUAAGCCGAUGAUCAAGCGCGCGACGUCCUUCAAGCCGGGCGAGUACGACGACAGCCUCGUGCGGGAGCAGCUCAGCCGUAACUACUCCUUCCUCGGCGAGGAUGCCAUGAAGAAGGUGCGCAACAGCUACGUCGUUGUUGUCGGAUGCGGUGGUGUUGGCUCAUGGGCCGCGACCAUGCUCCUGCGUAGCGGUGUCGGCAAGCUCCUCCUGAUCGACUUUGACAUGACUACCCUCUCCUCCCUGAACCGUCACGCGUGCGCCACCCUCGAGGACGUUGGAACGCCGAAGGCGGUCGCCAUGCAGAAGUACUUCCACAAGAUUGCCCCCUGGGCUCAGGUCGACAUCAAGGUCGGCCUCUGGAAGAAGGGAGAGGAGAGUGAGCGAUGGCUCGAUGGAGCCGACUACGUCGUUGAUGCCAUCGACAACAUUGAGACCAAGGUCGACCUCCUGACCUACUGCUACAAGAACAACAUCAAGGUCUUUGCUAGCAUGGGUGCCGGAGCUAAGGCUGACCCUACCCGUGUCCAGAUCGCGGACAUCUCCAACACCUACGAGGACCCGCUGGCUCGCUCAGUGCGUAGCCGGCUUCGUCGGAAUGGCAUCAAGGGUGGUAUCCCGACCGUGUAUUCAACGGAGGUUCCGAGUGAGGUGAAGCUCCUCCCGCUGCCCGAGGACGAGUUCAAGAAGGGUUCUGUGAAGGAGCUCGGCGCGUUUGACGACUUCCGAGUACGCAUUCUUCCCGUUCUCGGUCCUCUUCCUGCGAUCUUUGGUCUGCAUGCGGCGACGUACAUCAUCGAGGACCUGGCCGGCAAGCCGCUGGAGGAUGCUGCCGAGAUCAGGCACAGGAAGAAGAUCUACGCCCAGCUUGAGCGUGGUCUUAGCGAGCGUGACUGCCGUGCCUACUCGAAGGACGGACUGCAGCGUACGAUCGAGGUGAACGCGGACGACAUGGCCUUCAUUUUCGAGGAUGUGAACCACGGAAGGACCACCUUUGACCAGGCUGUCAUUCAGAAGCCCGCGGCUGUGCAUUGGGACCCGUCACGGCCGCUUGCUGUCGACAAUGUCAUUAUCAUGGACGUUAAGGGCGCGAACAAGCACGAGAAGGAGAUCCAGAUUGGUGGCAAGAAGCUGGAGGAGGUGUACACCAAGGACCAGAUCGACAUCGCGAACAGGCGGUGUGCCGAGGCUAGGAAGUACAUGAUCUGGCGACGGGGAUAG